AUGGGUAGUGAUUCAGUUAUUAUCCUUGUUGGUGGUGGACAUGCUGCAGGAAAAGUGAUUUGUGAAAGAAUAAAAUCAACAAUUUUAGAAAAUACAUCAACUUCAAUUCAAGUUGAAUCAUUAGAUUUGGAUACAUAUGUACAAACUGGGAAAGAAUUAGACGAAAAUUCUAAAGGAGCUGCUAAAUAUAGAUUUGAUGAUGUCUUAGAUGAUUUAGAACAAAUUGAAUUAAAAUCUAAUUCAAAGAAAUUGAUUUUAAUAUAUGGAUUAUAUUCAUUAUAUAAUAAAGAAUUAAGAAAUUUAGCUACAAUGAAAUUAUUUAUUGAUUGUGAUGCUGAUACAAGAUUAUCAAGAUGGAUUUCUGAAGAUGUAUUACAAAAAAAAAAUCCAUUAGGUGAUUUAUUAGAACAUUAUAUAAAUACUGCAAGACCUGAAUUUAAUGAAUUUAUUUUCCCAACUAAAGAAUUUGCUGAUGUUAUAUUACCAAGUGAUCAAGAAACAAAUGGGAUUUCAUUAAUUUGUGAUGGUAUUUUACCAUUAUUUAAUAAAUCAUCCAAUGUUAAAGCAUUAUAUCCAAGAUCUGCUUUAGAUUCAAAUGAUCCUUUAAGUACUUUACAAGUUGGUGAAGAUACUCAACAAUAUUAUGAUUUAUCAUAA